UUAUAGCAGCAACAGGAAACUAAUACAUUAUUUCUCCCUCCCUACCGGCUCAUUCCUAUCAAAUGCCUUGAUGUUACUAAUACCUAAAACAAACACAUAAACAAAACUUCCUUGAGUAUACGGUCUAUGCCUAUGACAGCUCCUUUCCUCUGCUUCUCUUAAGAGCAAAAAGUAUUGAGAGAUUUAGCUGACUUCACCUCCUCAUCUCAAAUUUUCUCUUUACUCACUUAUACUGGGCUUUUUCCCCCAUCCAUGGACAUGGCUUUUAUCAAGGUCAUCAGGGACUUUCAUCUUAGAAAACAGAAUGAUCAGUUCUCUAUCCUCAUCCUCCUGACCUCUCAGAAGGAUUUAAUAUGUUGAUUGCACCUUCCUUUUUGACACAUUUCCUUCUCUGGGCUUUAGGGAUCCCAAAUGUGUCAUGUUCCCCCAGCUCCUCCUCCCUUGAUGCUUCUUUUCAGUCUCCUUUAAACUCUCUUCUAUAUGUUGGAAUGUUGUGCACCUCCAGGGGCCUUCUUUCAUUUCUAUCUAUACUUUCUCCCUAACCAAACUUACCAGUCUCAUGCUUUUAAAUACCAUAUACGGACAACUCUCUAAUCAAUAUCUCAAAAUUGAACCCAUCGCUUAAAAGGUAUGCCUUACUUCUAUCUACUUACCAUCUCCAUUUUACCUGCCUAACUGGUAUUGCAAAUUAAAUAUGGCCCCCAACCUGCUCAUGUAAUAAACUUUGACCAUCUCAGAGCAUGACUCUGUCAUCAACCUAUUUGUUCAGAUCAAAGUCCUAAAAAUCAUCUGUAUUGAUUUUCAAUCUCUGCAUAACAAAUUACAAAAAAAACUUAGCAGCUUAAAACAACAUCUGUUUAUUAUUUCACAGUUUCCAUGGGUCAAGAGUCUGGGUUUGAGUUAACUAAGUCCUCUGCGCAAGAUUUCAAAGGACUGCAGUGUUGGUCAUGCCGCAGUUCACAUCUGGAACUCAGGAUCCUCUUCGAAGUUCAUUUAGAUUGUUAGCAGAAUUCAGCUUCUUACAGAUGUAGGACUGAAGUCCCCAUUUUCUUGCUGGCAAUCAGCUGGGAUCAGUCUCAGCCCCUGGGCACAUGGCCCACACAGGCAGUUCCCCACAUGCUCUCUUCCAGAUCCUCAGGAGCACACCUGCUGCUGCUUCUUGUCUCCUUUAAGAGCCCACCUGAUUCAGUCAGGACUAUCAAGGAUAAUCUCUCUUUUGCCAUAUAGAGUAACAUAACCACAAAAGUCAUAUCCUAUGUUAUUUACAGGUUGUGCCCACACUAAAGGGAAAGGAAUUGUUCAGGGCAUGUACACCAGGGGGGCAUCUUAGAAUCCUGCCUACUAUAUCAUCCUUGAUUCCUCACUUUCCUUCACACACACAACAAAUCCAUCAAUAAUCCCAGUUGGUUAUGCCUAUAGCAUAAACCCUGAAUUUGACCAUUGCUCAUUAUGUUCCUUGCCAAAACAUUAGUCCAAGUCUCCAUCUUCCUUAGACCAUUGUAAGAAUCUCUUAACUGUUACCACUGCCUCUUUCCUGGUAACUCCUAUUCUCCAUCCUCAUCCAGGAGACACGGUGAUCCUCCUAAAGCUCAACCACAUAAUGUCCCCAAGUUUAAAAUGCUCCAGCUGCUUUCCAUGACACAUAGAUUAAAAGUUAAAAUCCUUAUUAUGACCUAAAAGGUAGAAUAUGAAUCACAACUUUUAGCUUUCAUCUUCUUCCCUCUCCUGUUUUCAAUUUUAUUCCAGCCACAGUGGCCUUUUUUCUAUGCCCCCUCCCCAAAACAAAAACUGGCUCCUGUCUCAGGCCUUUCCAUUUGCUCUUCCUUAUUCUUGGAAGGUUCUCCUCCAAGUUCUUCACAUAUCAGCCUUCUUAUCUUCUUUCAGGUUCAAACUUAACUGUCACAUCUUGAGAGUAGUGUUUCCCAAAAGUCCGCUAUCCUCCAACUCCUAGUACUGCUUUACCACAUCACCUUAUUCCAUCAUCUUCAUAGCAGAAAUAAUCAUAUUAAUAUUUUUAUUGUCUUUCUCAUGUACACCCCACAUCCUACCCUGUCCUGGGAUGAAAGUUCUUUAUGGAAAGGGAGUCUGUAUCUCUUGUUCAUAAUUGAACAGCCAGCACAUGGAUCAUUGUAUGGUGCAUGGUGAGUGCUACACAAUUACUUGAGGUGCUUUUUGGUACUGAAAGUAAGAAAGUAACAAAUAAAUCUCAGGUGAUAUUUUUCAGGAAUGAGAGGAGGAAGAAGCAAAAAUUAAAGUCUUUUGACAAUUAUGAUUAUUUAAACAACUAUUCUGAUCUGUACUGAAGUGUACACAAUGAUGAGUAAUAUAUUAUCUGUUGGAAAUAUUGAAAAGAUCAUGGUUUUACAACUGGAAAGAUUUGUGUGAAUUUUAAUUCUUUCACUUGCAAACUGUGUAACCUUGAAAAUCUUACUUUGUCUCGCUCUUGGGUUUCUUGCCUAUAAAAUAGAGAAUAAUACCUAAUUUUUUUGUUAAAAAUAAAUGAGGUAAAUUGUGCAGAGUACCUGCCAUAGUGCCCAGAAUGUAAGUGAUGCUCAAUGCAUAUCAGUUACCUGUUUAAUUAAUAGUGUUUUCUAUCUAACAGAAAAAAAUAAUUGAAGUACAUAGACAACUAUAACAAAACAAACUGGAAGCAUAAUAAUAAUCGUGAGAGUUGAAAGUUAGAUAGCAUCACAUCUUUUGGGUAAAAUCAAAACAACCGUUGGAAAGGAAAGGACAUGUUAUAGUAACUCCAAGAAUAGACAGGAGAGAGAUGAGAUAUUGGAGAAGACAGUGGCAUUGCUGAUAUAAUAGAUGUAAUGAGAAUAAUGGCAUUAGCCUCAAAUACAUGCUUACCUAGGAGAGUUAUCUUUCAGCAUAAGGCAAAGUAGUGGCUAGAAGGAGCUAGAAGUAUAGGAAAAAGUUGAGGAUCCUGUAGUUACCAAGGAAUCAGAAAAGUGAUUUUCCACACCUCUCUUAUUUUUUCUAAUUUUCAUAUGCAAAUUGAAUCUCCUAAAAUAUCUCUCAAUCCACUCAACACACACAAGUAAUGGAACUAGAUAUGUCCUCAAUUCUCUUUUAAACUUUGAUUCACUAUAAUUGCCCAUAAUCCUCUUACUUUUUUCCUACCUACUGGAGAACAAUACUUCUAUCUUUCUCCUUCCUUUUUUCAGCAUAACACCAAUCUCCAUAAGCCCCCUAUUUCAUCCCAUUCCCCACAAACAAACAUAUUCCAAUAGAGAAUCUUAGGAAUUCUAGAGGUGGAGCACAAUAGUAUGGAGGAGGAAUAAAGGUAAGUAGCCCCGAAGCUUUGAAGAAUAUCCUGUGUGUAAGGAAUAUGUACCAUCAGCACAUAUUUGGGGGCUUAAAGUUUUUUUCAGCAAGACAGUCUCUGAUCUCACCUCCACUUCUUUCUCUCACUUCUCUUAAACCAUUUGUUUCAUAUGUCUUUCCCAUCUUUCCUAUGAUUAUCUAUAACCAUCUCUCCAUUUCAGGUCAGUAACUAUAGGGUCAUCAGUCUCCCAACAUUCAGCUGAACAGAAUGGAAAGCACAUUGAAGGCACACCUUCUUAACAUCCUUGAGGACCUUUUAGAGGAGGAGUCGGUAAAGUUCAAGUUCCAACUCACAAACAUAGCUCUUUCUGAGGGAUACAACCACAUUCCUAGGGGCACUGUCCAGCAAGCAACCCCAGUGACACUUGCUGAUCUACUGAUCCGGUACUAUGGGGAGGAAUAUGCCAAGACUGUGACCCAGGAGGUCCUGAAAGCCAUAAACCAGCGUAGCCUGUUGGAGAAGCUCCAUCAGUCAAUGGAAAAAUAUGGAUCUUCUGCUCAAAAAGUUGCAAAAAAGACAAAUAAGAGGAAGCAAGAGAAUGAAGCAGGACCAAAUGAAGAUAAACAGCAACUAACUAUCUCAAAGGUUUGUAAUCUGCACUGGGGCAGAUAUUUUUGCCCUGGAAUAGAGUGGAGUGUCCAGGCCAUAGGAUGCUCAAAAUCUUAGGGGCUUACUGGCUUCUAUGUCCUACAAGAUAUAUCAUAGUCAUUCCAUGUUAGCAUCAACGGAAGCAUGUUGAUGCUAACAUGGAAUGACUAUGAUAUGUCUUCUCCAAGUUGUUUUGGAGAAGAGCAAGAUCCCAGAGAGAUCUGGCUAUGACUCCUGUCUCUGCUGCUCACUUCUGUGUUACCGCUGGAACAUUGCUUGAUUUUCACGAGCCAUUCUCCUCCAAAAUGAGAAUACUAGUAAUAAAGAGGGCAUUAUGAAAAUUGAUGGUUACUAAAUAAAACCAAUUCAUUUUCCUUUCAGUUUUCCUUGCUAUCCUCAUUUUCUGCUUCUGGCCCUUCAAGGUGGAACCCUGUAUUAUAAUUCAUCCCUUGAUCAGCCCAUUACCUAGCACAUAGAAGGACUCAAUUUAUUUUUGGAAAACUAAAAAUAUAUUUAUACAUUCGUAAAUGAUAAACUUAAUUGUCUCCUUGCUAUAGAGAGAUACUAGCCAUUAUCACUGUUUUUGUUUCUUUCUAGAGAUUUAGAAAUAUCUUUAACCAAAAGAAAAUAUCCAAUGAAUCUGCACCUUAUCCCAGAGAUCCUCAACCAAGCAAUGAUAAGGAAGUAACAACCAAAAAUCAAUACUUUCAUGACUUGAUUCGGCGGCUUAAUCUGGACAGUUAUUAUCCCAAGAAGAUGGCCAAAGUCAAUUCUCUUUUGAUAAAUAAGACCUCCCUCCAUGGCACUCAACCAAGAGCUGAAACAGAGCCACCAUUUUGUUUUCUAGAGAAACUUUUGGUAUUAGAUUACCAUUUGCGAUAUCUAGUUUACAGAGGUAAUAUAGAUACAAUAUCUACUGUGUCCCAGACACUGAGAACCACAGAACAAGAAAGAACAUUUGAGAACUUUUUCAUUAUCAAGGAAACACAAUCAAAUGCAGUACAAAUUUGCAUCCACCCAAUGGACAUACAAAUGGCAAUUUUUCACUGUGCAGAUGACUUUACAAGGCAGUAUAUUUUCACCAAACUUUCCAUUUGCCAAUUCGCUCUCCCACUUUUGGUGCCAAAUCCUUGCAAUUCCCAAAUUGAAUUCCCUCUUUGGUCUCUCAGGCAACUCAGGAGAAGCUGGAGAGAGGUGGAAAAAAUAGGAUGGGAGAAAAAAAUUAGGAAUUAUAAUAACCAGCUGAUUAGUUGGCAACCUAUACAUAUUAUAUCUUUCAUAAGAGUUGGAAAUUAUGUCUCUACUUCCAAGUCUCAGAUUUUGAAUGCACUCCUGAGUAAAGGCAAACAUGACCAUUUUUCCUCCCACCAUUCUAGGGAAGACAAUAAUAGAUGUCUAUUGAUAGAUGGUAUGGUGGAAAUCUGCUGGUUCUGCCCAGGUGGGAGAGCUGAGGACAGAUUUGAAAACUGUAUUGCCUUCACCAAUCUCCAUGGAAAUGCUGAAAUACAUGAGAGGCAGGUUAAGUUCCUGCAGCAGGUCUCCUCAGUCACUGUCAUUCUCCUGUCAACUUCCAAUUUUGACAAAAUGACUAGUUCCCUUCUACUCGAAUUUUGGAAUUCACCCAAACCUCUUAUCUGUUUGUUCGAAAAUGCAGAAAAUAUUAUGGAUGAGAAUUCUGCUCACAAAGUGAGAAUUGGGAUCAAGAACCUAAAUAAGAUAGAACUAGCUGAUAAAAUUACAGCUACUUUAACACAGUUGCUGAAGAAGUCUGGAUCUCCUUACAGUUUGAGUGAUUGGGCCAACAUUGCUAGGAAGUAUGAAUUUAUUAUUGAUGAGGACCAAAGAGGCUGCCAAGAAGCAGGGAAAAAAGCAGACAUCCUAAUGGACAUCUUGAGAAAAGUGAAAUUACCUGAGAUAAAGGAGAAGUUACUACCACUUCAGGGAGGUCUAUGGCGUGAUUGGUGUAAAAAGGAUAAGGAACUCCAUCAGCUCAGAGAAAAAGGAAACAGGAGCAUUGAGCAAUACACGAAUGAGAUUGAGAAGGAAAAGCAGAUAACACGUUGUGAACAGUACCACAAAGUUAUUAACCUUAAUGACCUGAUGAAGUCUCUGUUUGAAAGUCUUCAGUCACAUCCAGAGACCCACACAGAGCUCUACUUUCUGCAGGGGCUGAGCAUGUUAAUGGACCAACUAACCACAGGAGAGUUAGAAAAGCUCCACCAGAGGCACCGUUUUCUGUUGGCUCAGGUGCGAACAGAGAAGCAGAAGCUGUCAAAGAGAGACUCCCUCAGACGCUGGGAGGCUGAGCUACAAGCUGUUUCCAAAGAGAUCAGUGACUCUACCCUGGGAAUUGAGCAUCUCCUGAGAGAGAUGGGCCAGAUCUACGAAGCUCUGGAAGAAGCUUCUUCCCAAACAAAUACACUAUUUCUCUCCCUUCCCCAAAUGGCUGCUGACCUGAUGGUAUCUGGAACUCCCAUUGAGCUGAUGGAUGGAGAUGCAUCUUAUGUGCCCCUGAAGUGGGUGGCAGCUGUUUUAGACAAGGUCUCUGAGAAACUUAGAGACAAACGGGUGUUUGUUCUCUCUGUCCUUGGCCUACAGAACUCAGGAAAGUCCACUCUGCUGAAUGCAAUGUUUGGGCUUCAGUUCAGUCUCAGUGCUGAGGGGUGCACCCGGGGGGCCCAUAUGCAGCUCCUGAAGGUGGAAGAGAUGCUCAAGGAACAGCUGGGCUUUGAUUUUGUGCUUGUUGUGGACACAGAAGGACUUCGGCCCUCAGAGUUCAUUAACAAAGCACAUAGUGAGGAAAAUGAGUUGGCAACCUUUAUCAUUGGACUUGGAAACUUAACUCUAAUCAAUGUUUUUGGGAAUGAUCUAUCAGAAAUACAAGAUAUUCUGCAAAUAGCUGUCCAUGCCUUUCUCAGGAUGAAACAACUGAACAUCUCCCCAAGGUGCCUGUUUGUUCAUCAGAACACAGAAGAAAUUAUAGAUACAAAUCAAAGUAUGGAAAGGCAAAGAUGGCUGCAAGAGAGAUUGGAUGAAAUGACACUUGCUGCAGCUGAACAAGAACAGUGCUCAGAUGUAUGCCACUUCAGUGAUGUCAUUAAGUUUGAUGUCAAGACCCACAUCCAUUACUUUGCUCACCUCUGGGAAGGUUCUCCCCCAAUGGCCCCUCCUAAUCCCUGCUAUAGCCACAAUGUUCAGGAGCUGAAAAGCAGGAUUCUUAAGCAUGCCAAAGAAGAAUCCAAGGGAGGUAUUUUGAAGAUAUCAGAACUUAAAGUGUGGAUACAGGAUUUAUGGAAGGCCUUAGUGAAUGAGAACUUCAUUUUCAGGUUCAGGAACACCCAGGAAGUCAAGGCUAUGAAUAAACUGGAGACCAUGUACAACAGCUGGACCUGGGAACUGAGAAGUCAUAUGCUGGACUUGCAGAAUCAGCUGACCAACAAGAUUCAGAAUGGAGAAGUUGAGGAGAUCAAGAGAAGCUCAAUUGAGAAUCGAAGUGCAGGAAGACAUGAAGCCAUUAAGCAAGAACUUGAAAGGUAUUUUCGAGAAGACAGAGAUAGAGAUAUCUUGGCUCAGUGGAAAGGAAGAUUUGAAGCUAAUCUGAAGAAUCUUAAAGAGGAGCUUAUAAGAGAAACUAUGAGAAAAUGUGAGUAUUUAAUUAGUGGAAAGAAAAUACAAGACCUUUUGAAGGAGGAAAAAGUAAAAUUUGAACAUAAGCUAUUAGAAAAAAUCAGAGAGAUGGCUGUGUCCCCCAGUGGGAAAGAGUUACAUGAUAAGGAGCUGAGAGAGAUGUUCAACAAGAUCUGGUCAGAGAACAUCUGCAUUCUGUUGCCUCCCACACUCCCGUCUGCUGAGGGUCCUGAUAUUGAUAUUGAGCUAGAGAACAUCCUCCUGGAGCAUUUUAAACAGCAUCCCAAUAUUGUGAACAAAAUCAGAUCUCGUAAUACAAGGAAAACAUUUUCUAUCAAUUAUUCCAAACAUGUUAUCACCUCUCAAAAGUUCCAAGUAUAUGGACCCUCUGUGGAAGACUUUGAAGAAGAUAUUAUAAAGAAGACAACAGCUCAAAUUAUGAAAUUGGUUGAAGAACUCAUACACAUAAGAGAACAACAGAAUGAGGGUUACAGUUCUAGUUACUUCCAUGAAAUUCUGCGAGUGAUCCAUACUGAGGCUGAGGCUGCAUCUCAAGGAGCCAGGUUCAUACUGACAAACAGAUAUAAACUAGAACUUGCCCUCGAGCUCUUCCAAGAGGCAGCAAACAGCUUUAAAAAGAUAUGUAUUGCAUUCAAGAGAGCAAACAACCCCGUUCUCUACCUAGAAAGCAUAAAAGAGGAAGUUUUUACUAAAUUGCUCUUAUCCUACAAAAACUGCCAAAACAUUGGCUGAUUUGCUUUUGUGAAAAGAGUUUCUGCUACCAUAUGAAUUAGAAUAAACAUUCAAAAAGCUUGUCAGUUCCUCACCUGCCUUUUCUCUUCCUCUGUUGCAUUGCUUUCUGUAAUGAGCAUUUCUGUAACCCAGAUAAUUAAACCAAACCCACUAAACACUAUACUUUGCAUCUUCUACGGGAGUUUUAGAAUUAGUAUAUGUUCUGUAAAUGAAUCUCCAAACUAAUGUUUUGCCAAAAGUUUAAAGUAAAUAUUUGUUAGAAAUAACACAAAACAUGUAAUUCACUUUUUUGAAUAACAAACGUCUCAAGUAGUACAACGCUAUAAAGCAAAGAAAAAUGAAAAGGAAAAUUUAAGACCAAGAGUAGGGGCUGGCCC